AUGUGGGCAGAGCCCAGGUGGGACACACACUGUCUUUGCUAUGACUUCACCAUCACUCCUAAGUUCAGACCUGAACUACAGUGGUGUGAAGUUCAAGGCCAGGUGGAUAAAAGGCCUUUUCUUCACUGUGACUGUGUUAACCAUAAGGCCAAAGCCUUUGCUUCUCUGGGGAAGAAAGUCAACGUCACAAAAGCCUGGGAAGAACAGACUGAAACCCUAAGAGACGUGGUGGAUUUCCUCAAAGAGCAACUGCCUGACAUUUGAGUGGAGAAUUGAAUACCCAGCGAGCCCCUCAUUCUGCAGGCCCGGAUGUCUUGUGAGCACGAAGCCCAUGGACACAGCAGAGGACCUUGGCAGUUCCUCUUCAAUGGACAGACGUUCCUCCUCUUUGACCCAAACAACAGAAAGUGGACAGUGCUUUAUCCUGGAGCCAAGAAGAUGAAAGAGAAGUGGGAUAAGAACAAGGAUGUGACCGUGUUCUUCCAGAAGAUUUCAAUGGGAGAUGAAACUUGGCUUGAGGAAUUCUUGAUACACUGGGUAAAAAUGCUGAAGCAAAUCAGUGAGAAGAAAACAAAGAAAUCCAACCAAACCCCCUCCAAUGACAGCCCUGAGAUCCUCCCUUCCCCUGCCCUGGGGCAUGACCUCCUCUUCCACCACUGCAGGAGGGUGGGCUGUGCUGUCACCUUGCUUCCCUCAGCAGCUGUGUGA